GCAGGCGCUGGAAUAAAAAGUUUGGGAAGAAACUUUGUGUCAACGUGGCGCCCAUCGGCCAGUCCGAGAGCCUCUCCGCCCCGCCCCUCGGCUGACGGCGGCCUCCGAUUGGACCCUGCAGGGAUGAGGGGCGUCGCCCGCGGGAGACACUGGAGGGGGCUGAAGAUGAGCCGGGGCCGCAUUUCGAGAGGGGACAUCGCGCGGGUUGCAGCUGCUGGCAGCGGGGCGAGGUUGUGCACAAUGGCUUGGCAGAAGAUACUCUGUUCCUGCUGUCUACUGAUGGUGUGCCUCACUUGGGUCCUGGCCAAGCCACCUCCUGACAAGAAGGACCGCGUCCACCAUAGUCAAGACCUCAGUGACCACCCCCAUGAUGACAGCCAAGACUUCAGCUACGAUCAUGAAGCCUUUUUGGGCAAAGAGGAGGCCAAGAGCUUUGAUCAGCUGACUCCUGAAGAGAGCAAAGAACGCUUGGGGAAGAUUGUAGAUCGAAUUGACCGGGAUGGGGAUGGCUUUGUGACUCAGCCUGAACUUAAAGAUUGGAUCAAGCACACUCAGAACCGCUACGUCUACGAGAACGUGGACAAGAACUGGAAAGACUAUGACAAGAAUAAAGAUGGCCGUAUCAGCUGGACCGAGUUCAAGAAUGCCACUUAUGGUUACUAUGAAGGAGAGCAGUUUAGUGAUCUUGAGAACAAAGACUCCUACCAUAAGAUGCUGGCCCGAGACGAGCGGCGAUUCAAGGCAGCUGACAAGGACGGGGACAUGAUAGCAACGAGGGAGGAGUUCACUGCCUUCCUCCAUCCUGAGGAGUUUGACUACAUGAAGAACAUUGUGGUGACGGAAACUAUUGAGGACAUAGACAAGAAUGGUGAUGGCUUUGUGGAAGUGGAUGAAUAUCUCGGCGACAUGUACUCUCCUGAAUCGGGGGAGCCAGAACCCGAGUGGGUGAAGAGUGAGCGUCAACAGUUCUUGGAUUUCCGGGAUCUCAACAAAGAUGGGAAAAUGGAUCGGGAAGAGAUUGGGCACUGGAUCCUGCCACCAGACUAUGAUCAUGCCGAGGUGGAGUCAAAGCACCUCUUACAUGAGUCAGACAAGGAUAAGGAUGACAAAAUAACCAAGCAGGAGAUCUUGGACAAUUGGAAUAUGUUUGUGGGAAGCCAGGUCACCAACUAUGGCGAAGACUUGACAAAGGACCAUGAUGAGCUGUGAUCGGGGGGCAGGGGGUACAUUGGAGCACCCUCCCUUACACAGGGGUGGGGGAAGCACACUCCAGAAGAAUAAUUGUGUUCUUAUUUAUUGGUGUAAGGGCCUGCUGAAGCUUUCUGAGAAGCUAGGGUUGCUGGUGUACCUGGGGCUGUUGAAGGGACAGUAGCUGGGGGGGAAACCCCUCUUUUCAAUUGUCUGUGUGAUCCCACCUUUACUGACACUCCCAUCUCCCCAUAGCACUGUGACGCUUCCUGCACUAUAAAGGUCUACACUCCAGGGGAGUUUCAGGAGGUGGCAGCCUCCUUUACUGCCCACCCUUAACACAUCUCCCUGACUGCCCACACCCAGCAGUAUUCAGUCUGUCAUGUUUAGCCUGCAUAUACUCUGUGGAAGGAAAGCAGCUGGGGAGACACAAGGGGGGGAGCAGAACAGGCAGUGAGCUCAGUCACUUGCUCCCAAAGUUGAUUUUCACUGAGAGCAUCAUAGGGAUUUUGUUUGCAUGCAUUUGCAUGUAACAUUUAGUUAUCCCUUCCCUUCCACCCCAACUUGCACAAAUAUUGUUCCGAUUCUUGGCGUGUAGUUCUCCUCUGCCCCACUUCCUCUCCAGGAUGGCAGGCUGUCACGGGAGGAGGCAAUGGAGAGUUUCCAGGAAUCUAUUGACAGCGGCAAAGAGUACGAAGAAAUGUUGAACAAGCUGUGGCCCCACCAAGAGCUGUGACCUCAUGAUUGUAACACUCUGGAUUAUUAAUAAAAGUAUCCCCCCACUUCAAA